CCAGUUAGUUAGGGGCACCUCUACCCCUCCUCUACUCGCACUCUCUCUCUCUCUUUCAAAAAUAAGUAAACAUUCCAAAAAAAAAUUAAAAAACAAUAAAUUCCAGUAAGUUAAUAUACAGUGUAAUAUUCGUUUCAGGUAUACAAUAUGGUGAUUCAACACUUGCAUACAACACUCAGUGCUCAUUAAGAGAAGCACACUCCUUAAUGCCCAUCACCUAUUUCACCCAUGCCCCAACCCACAUCCCCUCUGGUAACCCUCAGUUUGCUCUCUAUAGUUAGUCUGUUUCUUGGUUUGCUUCUCUCUCUCUUUUUCCCUUUUCUCAUUUGUUUUGUUUCUUAAAUUCCACAGAUGACUGAAGAUAAUAUAUUUCAAGAUGUAUUUGUGACCUAUAUUUAUAUAUAUUUAUGCCUCACGUUCGUUAGAUUGGUCACGGCCCAGGCUGCAUUAGUGUUAAGUAUGUUGAACAUCUCUGCUGUCAGCUACUGGCGAGACACGCAGAGUCAGCUCCCCGCUGGCCCUCACAGCCAUUAAUUUAUGUACUGUUGGAACUAGCGGUGUCAUAUGGGCCUGCCCUCACUACAUGUAAAUAAUUAAGAUGCCUUGAUUCCCGGGGAUCCGGAGGUGUGGAGCCAGGGAUUGGUUCACCGUGAUGGAUUUUGAAAGGGAAACCUUGCUCUUGCAGAAGGUAUUCUUGCUUUGCCUAAAUCAGCAAGGCAUGCUGGGAAGCCCUUCCCAGUGUAAGCACAGACAGGUGGACACACAUGCCUGUACGCACACCUGAGGUUCUGUCUGUUGGUGUGAACAUUGCGGGCAGUGGACAUAAUGAGUAUUCAGUAAAGAUAGUUUUGUUCUUUUCCUUGAUUUCCUUUUGUUAAAAUGUUACCCCAAGCAAUGAACACAGGAGGGAAACCAGUCCCUGAAUAAUUUCCCGAGUAUAAGCAAGUUAGAUAUCAUAGAAAGCCAUGAAAAAUUCCAAGCCAUAUUUAAUACUGAGUUAGGAAAUAGCUGCGCCAGGUGAUUAAAAGACAUCACAGGGGUUUCUCCUCAAAUACAUUGUAAAUUGAAGGCAGUUUAUUGAAUCAAUUCCACUUCUGUUGUAAAAAAUUUCCUAGUGCUUUUGGAAGAAAUACUUAAUAAUAUCAGAAUUGUCCAAUCACAUUCCAUGUUUUGUUUUUCCAAGUCAACAUUUUGGCUAAAGCAUUCAGUUUUUUAUUUGUAAAACUGUAUCGGUUACCUAAGAUUGAAUACACACAUUUUAAUAAUUGUAAAUCAUUUACUAAUAUAUAUUUUUAAAGGUCAUCAUUUUGGGGAAAAAAGUAAUUAUCUACUCUGUUUUGGUAUUAAAAUUUGAAAUCAAUAGUGCAUAUGGAAAAGCAAGGACAACUCAGCCUCCUUCUUAUUGCCUAACGUUAAAGAUCUGACUUCCGUUUCAAGGAUGUAUGCCACUCUUCUGGGGUAAGAAUGAGAAAUCAGUGCACCAUUCCAGAACUUGGCGGUUUCCCUUCCAUGAGUCAUGAGUCUUAUGGUAAAAAAAAGUAUCUUCAGAUAGUUCCUGGAGAUAAGGUUUUUAACAUCAUUUUAUUCUUCGAUAUCAUCCAUUAAUAUGUUAUAGUUAAAAAAAUUCUUACCACUGAGCAUAACUGUCUUAGUUUAAUCUUGUUAAGCAUAUCACUUGAAAUAUUGAAUCUGAAUUCUACUAAAAAAAAUACAUAUUGUCAAAGAAAUUGGGGGUGGAACUGGCCAUGAAAGCCACUCGAUUUACUUACAUAUAGUGUGACUCAUGCAAUAUCUGGAUGUCUUUAAUUGGUGCAGGAGCCAAGAAUUUUAAAAACCAGAGAAGUUCUUAGAAAUCAUCUUCUAAUUUGCAUCUUUUUACAGUUGGGGAAAUUGAGUUCUCAGAGUUAAGGAGCUUGUGGUGAAACAGAAUGCUACUCUGAGAGAAACUGAGCCCUUUUGGGGUCCUGUGUUCUUUGAGCUGGAUUUCCCUGCUCCCUCCUCCACCCCUCGCUGUGCUGAUUAAGGCAUACAGAGGUCCCCCAUUAUCUGCCGGCAGACACCUGAAAACGUGGGUAACACUGAACCCUGUAUAUACCAUGUUUUUUCCCACACAGGCGUUUCUAUGAUAAAAUUUAAUUUAGACCCAGCAAUUGCACUACUAGGCAUUUAUCCAUGGGUGUGCUGUUUCGAAGGGACACAUGCACCCCUAUGUUUAUAGCAGCACUACCAAUAAUAGCCAAAGUAUGGAAAGACCCCAAAGGUCCAUCGAUGGAUUAAUGGAUAAAGAAGAUGUUGUAUAUGUAUAUAUAAUGGAGUAUUACUUGGCAAUCAAAAAGAAUGAAAUCUUGCCAUUUGCAACUAUGUGGAUGGAACUGGAGGGUAUUAUGCCAAGUGAAAUUAGUCAGAGAAAGACAAAAAUCAUAUGACUUCACUCAUAUGAGGACUUUAAGAGACAGAACAGAUGAACAUAAGGGAAAGGAAACAAAAAUAAUAUAAAAACAGGGAGGGGGACAAAACAGAAGAGACUCAUAAAUAUGGAGAAUAAACUGAGGGUUACUGGAGGGGUUGUGGGAGGGGGGAUGGGCUAAAUGGGUAAGGGGCAUUAAGGAAUCCACUCCUGAAAUCAUUGUUGCACUAUAUGCUAACUAAUUUGGAUGUAAAUUUUAAAAAUAAAGAAUAAAAUUUAAAAAAUUAAUUUAUAAAUUAGGUACAAGAAGAGAUUAAAAGCAAUAAUGAUAUGGGGCACCUGAGUGGCUCAGUCAGUUAAGCUUUUGACUUCAGCUCAAGUCAUGAUCUCACGGUGCUUGAGUUUGAGCCCUGAGUCAGGCUCUGUGAUCACAGCUCAGAGCCUGGAGCCUGCUUUGGAUUCUGUGUCUCCCUCUCUCUCUGCCCCUCCCCAGCUCGUUCUCUCUCUCUCUCUCACACACACUCUCUCUCUCUCUCUCUCAAAAAUAAAUAAACAUUAAAAAAAUUUAACAAGCCAAUAAUGCUAGAACAAUUAUAAUGCUAUAACUGUAAUAAAAGUUAUGUGAAUGUGGUCUCUCUCCCUCAAAAUACCUUGCUGUGUGGGACUCACCCUUCCUUUGAUGAUGUGAGAUGACCAGAUGCCUGCGUGAGGACAUGCGGUGAGAUGAGUGACCUAGACGGGUGAUGGGGUGACUACUGACCUCCUGAUGAUUCGUCAGAAGGAGGAUCAUCGCUUGUCCACAGCGGUUGACCCAGAGACAGAUGGGACCGUGUUCAGAAUUCUCACAAAAGCUGAAGGACUUAUGGGUGAGGAUGUACCUUUAGAAUUGCUGUUCCACUUACCGGUAAAUUACCCGUCGUGUCUACCUGCCAUCUCGGUUCACUCGGAACACUUGACCCGGGCCCAGUCCAUGACCGUGAAAGAGAAGUUACUUAAGCAAGCAGAGAACCUUUUGUCGGAACCUAUGGUUCAUGAGCUGGUUCUCUGGAUUCAGCACAAUCUCAGGCACGUCCUCAACCAACCAGAAACUGGAAGUGGCCGUGAAAAGUGUACCUUUGCAACAGGCACGACUGUGGAUGAUGGACUGUGGAUGACUCUUUUGCAUUUAGAUCACAUGAGAGCAAAGACCAAAUAUGUCCAAACUGUUGAGAAGUGGGCUUCUGAUUUACAACUGACAGGAAGACUGAUGUUCAUGGGUAAAAUAAUACUGAUUUUACUACAAGGAGACCGAAGCAAUAUCAAGGAAUACCUGAUUCUUCAGAAAACCUCCAAAGUAGAUGUGGACUCAAGUGGAAAGAAAUGCAAAGAGAAAAUGAUUAGUGUACUGUUUGAAACAAAAGUACAGACAGAACACAAAAGGUUUCUGGCAUUUGAAGUCAAAGAGUAUUCAUCGUUGGAUGAGUUACAAAAGGAAUUUGAAACUGCAGGACUUAAGAAGCUUUUCUCCGAAUUUGUGCUUGGGCUGGUAAAAUGAAAUGGAAGACAGGAAUCUUUUAGUAAGAUAGCAGUGGUUCUUUGUUUUGUUUUGUUUUGUGUUUCACAUUGGGUUUUGGGAAUGGCUAAUUGAAAUCCUCACAAGGGAACAAUUUUAAAGUUUCUCUGAAGCAAAAUGAUAGCUACCAUUCUAACUUCAGGAACAAAACCCAAUUUUGCUUAUGGAAUAUUAAACAGUAAAAACAUCCAUGUAUUCUAAUUUUUGCCAGCAAAGACUAGGUUCAAUAGAUGGAAUGUUAUUUGCAAGAUAAAUAUAAGAUGAUGAUGGUAAAUGAGCCCUUGUGUUUGUAUAGCAGAUUUGUUUGGAACUGUGCAAUUUUCUGGCUAAUUUUCUUGUAAUUAAAUGAAUUUUUUUAAAGG